UGCUAUGCCGACAUUGUAUUAGCGGUGGCAUCUUCUUCCUCUAUUCAUUCAACGGAAGGGUUUACUCUUCCGCAUUCUCUCAUCCUAAACCUGCAACUUUUUCUUUCUCAUUCUCAUCAGCCAUGCCUCAAGGAGAUUACAUAGAGCUUCAUAGGAAGAGGAAUGGCUAUCGCCAUGACCACUUCGAACGCAAACGUAAGAAGGAGGCUCGUGAAGUCCACAAACGUUCGCAGAUUGCUCAGAAGACUCUUGGUAUCAAGGGUAAACUGCUUGCUAAGAAACGUUAUGCUGAGAAGGCCUUAAUGAAGAAAACACUGGCUAUGCAUGAAGAAUCAUCAAAUAGAAGGAAGGUUGAUGAUAAUGUUCAAGAAGGAGCAGUUCCUGCAUAUUUGCUUGAUCGUGACACAACAGCAAGGGCUAAGGUUCUUAGCAACACCAUUAAGCAAAAGAGGAAAGAAAAAGCUGGGAAAUGGGAUGUUCCACUACCAAAGGUGAGACCCGUGGCUGAAGAUGAAAUGUUUAGGGUUAUAAGGACUGGUAAACGAAAAACCAAGCAGUGGAAGAGGAUGAUUACAAAAGUGACAUUUGUUGGAGAAGGUUUUACAAGAAAACCUCCAAAGUACGAGAGGUUUAUUCGUCCUUCAGGCUUGCGAUUCAAUAAAGCUCACGUCACACAUCCCGAACUGAAAUGCACUUUCAAUCUUCAAAUCAUUGGUGUUAAGAAAAAUCCUAAUGGUCCCAUGUAUACUUCUCUUGGGGUUAUUACCAAAGGAACAAUAAUUGAGGUGAAUGUAAGUGAAUUGGGUUUGGUCACUCCUGCUGGAAAAGUUGUAUGGGGGAAGUAUGCUCAAGUAACAAAUAAUCCCGAAAAUGAUGGGUGUAUUAACGCAGUUCUGUUGGUGUAGUAGCGCGGUUUUUUUUGUUUGAAUCUUUGUUUUAUUUCAAUUGAUAAUUGAGAAAAGACUUUAAAUUCCUUUAAAUUCCUGGUUGUAAUUUAUUAACAACAUUGUAUUCAAUUUUGCUUAUAGUUUAAACUUUUUUCUAUUA